AUGACGGUUGCAAAAUUUCCUAAAAAUCUUCACAGAUAUAGAAGUUGUGAAAGAACUGUUGAUAAGAGAAAUCAGAUAGAUUAUGAGGACUUUCUAAAUUCUUUUAACCCAAAAGGUCUGCCUCCUCAUGAACUUUUACGCAACGAAAACUGUCCUACAAUGCUUCUAAGAAAUGUGAAUCCAACGGAUGGUCUUUGCAAUGGCACACGGUUAAUCUGUAGAGAAUUGGAUGAGCUCACAAUUACUGCGGAAAGUUUCUCUGGUCCUCAUAAAGGGAAAAAUGAACCGGUCUUUUCUCACGGCAAGCUUUCUGUUGCUCUUUCUAGAGUUAGGAAUUCUUCCGCAGUUAAAGCUUUAAGUGCUCCGGAAUGGAACAUGUUAUCCUUGUCAAAGACGUCCUACCUGGCUCUGAAGGCAGGACCUGCAAAGUCACCGUGUAAGAAAAACAGUAGAUAA